AAUGGGAAAAUUUAUUUAAAGAAAAUUUAAAAGAAAGUCCUAUAUGUAAUUUGAGUAAUUCUAAACACUUUAGAUGUAAAGAAAUAGAUUGUAUUCAAUGUUGUAAGUUGGAUAAAUGUAAUUCUUAUCCUUGUAAAUAUUGUGAAGAAAAUAAUAUUGAAUGUGAAUAUAGUAUUAUUAAAAGUGAAAAAGAAUUUAAGAAAUUUCAAAAUUUAGGAUUAACAACAUAUGUUGGACAAUUUGAAAAUAAUGAAAAUGGAAAAACAAAU